CGCGGCUUCUCCCGCCUUUCGGCGCACUCUGCCCUCCUCGCUGCAUAUCCUGGCCCCUCGAGUCUAUCGAGCUCUCCUCGCGCGAGCACUCGGAGGGAGGUGGUAAGCGGAUAUCUGAGGAGAUCGGCUUUUCAUGCCACCGGUCAAGACGCAGAUGAAGAGAUCGCGCCGCGCCGCCGCGCCGCCCUCUGGCUCAUGGGCGACUGCCGUCGACGAGCCACCCAUGGCGGAGCCUUCCGCACCGGUCGUCACGGCUGACGUCGAGGGCGAAGCCGGCAACGUCACUGCCGCUGUCGUUUCCAUCGACGUUGGAGCGCUUCUCAACCGUGGAGGCGAGCUUGCUCAGGCCGGCCUGUGGCUGCAGUCGUUGCGCGCCUUCGACUCGGCGGCCCAGGCGGAGCCCGGAAACGCGAAAGCGCACGAGCAGCGCGCACAGGUGCUCCUUCAGAUUGGGCGGCCCCUGGAGGCAGUGCAGGCUGCGGGAACGGCGUGCACACUGCGACCCGAGUGGGGAGACGGCCGCCGCACGCUUGCGCGCGCGCAGCUUGAUCAUGGAGAGGUGGCGCUCGCGCUGAGCAGCUUUGACGCCGCGCUCGGGCUCCUUCUCG